AUGAGCGGGUUUGGACAUUACCCACCGCCGGACUUUAGCAGUCCACCACCGAACACGUUCCAGCCUCAACCUGCGGCGAGCAGCUUUUACCCGGGCAUGUGGAGCUGGCAGGAGGGCCCUUCAGAGACCAGCUGGGGCUACAGCAGCAGCUAUGGGGCAGCAGCAAGCCACGGACCUCAGGCUCCUCAGGGAUCUCAGGGAUCUCGGGCUCCUCAGGGAUCUCAGGCUCCUCAGGGAUCUCAGGCUGCAUGGGGAAGCUACAACAGUCACAGUCAAAACUACUGGCACCAGGGAGGAGGACGUGGUCAAUCAUAUUAUGGAAAUUGUGGCAACAAAAGACAUAGGAAAGAACCAGAGUUCCUUUAUUUCUGCGAUACAUGUGAUAGGGGAUUUAAAAAUGAUGAGAAGUAUAAUGAACAUAUGUCUCAGCACGUCAAGUGCUCUGUACCGGGCUGCACUUUCAUGGCUCAUGAAAAAAUAGUUUGCAUUCACUGGAGAAAUACCCACGCACCAGGAACAAAGCGUAUCAAACUGGAUACACCUGAGGAAAUUGCAAAAUGGCGUGAAGAACGACGAAAAAACUUUCCUACACGUGAAAAUGUUGAAAAGAAGAAAAAGGUUAUGGAGGUGAGAGAGGAGACAGGAGGAGUUCUUGAGACACCUCAGUUUGGACGUAUGAGAGGAAGGGGACGUGGAAGGGGAUAUGGAAGAGGAUAUGGAAGAGGAUAUGGAAGAGGUCGUGGUUGGGAGAAUACGCUAACACCAGAAAAGACCAAUGGACAUGAUGAUCCACUUCGGAUGCAAGCUUGUGGAGACCAUGAUUUAGACAACAAUGAUGCAGCGCCUGAGAAAGUAGCUCCUAAACCAAUCAGUUCAGGAUUGGGGUCUUUAAUAGCAAGUUAUGGAUCAAUGAGUGAAAGCGAGGAAGAGCCUGAUUCUCUACCAAUUCAAAAAGCCCAUGAAGCUUUACAAGAAAACCAGACUAUACUGAAUACCAUCCCAACCAAAUCCCAGGAUCCUACAGCAGUAACCUCACAUCCUGAUAGAUAUGAGAAUAGAAGAGGAAGAGGAAGAGGAGGGUGGCGUGGUAGAGGACGUCAACAAGACAUGCCACGAAAAAGGGGUCCGACCCUGUUGGAAAUGCUGCUGGCUCCAGAUAUUCGUCAUGAGAGGAAUGUCUUACUUCAAUACCACACGGAGUGCUCGUGUCAGUCUUCUCUAGUCUCAUGGAAACCACUGGAGCGCGUGCUGCAGCAACGGUGUCAAGUGUCGCGUGUCGUCGAGGUGCCAGGUGACAUGGCGGACAAGUGGGUCCGAGUGGAACCAUCGGUUAUCCAUUUUUCAGAUGUGCGACUUGGGCAAGUUUACAAAACAUAUGUAAAGGCUACCAAUAUGGGAAAGAAAAUGAAGAAAAUAACAUUCCAACCGCCACCUUCAAAGUUGUUUAAAUUUGCUCAAAGCAAAUCAGAUGUGAUGGUUGUCCCCGGGCUUCAUGUCGGUGGUUUACUGGAGUUUAGUCCGGGAAGAGAAUUUGAGCAUGUCCGAAGCGCUCUUAUGGUUCAGAUUGAUCAUGACUCUAUAGAAGUCCCAAUUCUGGUCUCCCCGGUGUCUUGCUGCUUAAUUAUGAACCCCGUUGUUGAUUUUGGGUGCGUUCCCGCAAUAAGUCAAAUUCUCAGCAAACACCCCAUAACGAACUGUGGUUCUGCUCCGGGAUGGUUCCAGUUACAGCAGAGCAAAGACCCUUCAAUUAAAAUCACCCCUUUGGAUGGUGUAGUGGCCGCGGACGCAACCCAGUGGGUUACAGUCGAACUGCGCACUGAUGAAGUGAGGCAAUUCAACGAUGACGUGUUUGUAAAACUUCAGAAUUGCUCACUUAGUGUUCUUAAUAUUAGAGCUAAAGUGGUUGAUCAUAGACUUGGGAUUUUUGACUUGCAGGGGGAUCCUUUAACCUGUCAAUGGUUUGGACCAGUUUACUUUGGUACAUCUUGUGAAGACACGGUAGUUCUGAGGAACAUUUCACCCCAGGCUUGUGACUGGGUUUGUGUUUUACAAACCUCACUAGAAGGAACAGAGCUGGGCACGGACAUUCAGAGGAGCACCACAACAGACACCACCCUGCUGGAAGAAAUGCAUAACUGCAGCCUGCAUUCUGCCUAUAUCUCUGAAAUCUUCGUAUGUUCUCCAACACACGGUCGGCUGGAAGCUUAUGAUCAAACCACUCUAACGCUACGCUUCACUCCAGUCCGUAAGAGGUCAGACAAAGAGCGACAAGAUUACAGCAUUUUCAUUCGCUUUGAAUCAGUGGGCACUAAACAUGGCUUCACUCACCAUAAUGGAAACACUGGAGAAAGUGUGGAUUUAUUAUGUGUUCUACAAAACUGUUGCCUUCAGCUUCCUGUAAACUUCAGAUUUAAAAAAAAGCCUCACUUCAGCACCAAUCCAUUGGCAGGAACUAUAGCGCCAGGCCAAUGCAAGGAAAUAGUUAUUUCCUUCAGUCCAAGGCAACAAGGUACUUUCCAGAUGAUUCAAAAAAUAGAUGUCCUCGGUCCUGUCAAGCAGCAAGGAGAUUCUAACCCUAAUGACGAGUUUAAAGGACUCCAACUUCGUACCUUUCAUGCCAUCACCUUGCACUUGUCGGGCACAAGUUGCAGCAGGACCACAUAUCCUUUACCCAACUUAAAUCCUGGCAUUACUCCAUUAGUCACUAACCUGAUUGGACCACAACCCUAUGUGCAAUUGAGCGACAUUUCCUGCUGUCGAGGAAUAGUGCCCGCUGUAGUCCUCAGGGCCGACAAGAGCGAGAGAGAAGCAAGAGAGAAGACUCAACUCAGUGGAAAGCAAGAUUUUGUGGCUUUUCCAAACAACAGACCCCAAAGUUUGAGAUCUCUCCCACCACACACACAAUGCAGGACCAUCUUCCCAGAUGUACCACACCAUUGUUAUGUUGACACAACCUACACCUUAACUCGGCAGGAAGCAGAAAGAAGUAAAAAGAAUCUCCAAAAAUAUUCGGAUUUGUUUAAAUGUCGUAGAGAAAGGCGUCUUCAAAAACUACAGUGGAAGCAGCAAGAACGAAUAGAGAAUGAUUUGGAUAUUGGGAUUGAGCCUUGUCAGGGUUUAGAACCUCCAAAACUGAUCUGUAGAAAUGUCCAAAAGAAUUCUACAUUAAUAAAGUCAUCUUUUCAGAAUAAUUUCAAUGAGAAACAAAAUGUCACACCUGUAAAAUACAAAACUGUCAAAGAGGUUUCAGGGUUAAUAAAUGCAAUUCCAUCCACAAGCCAGCAGGUGGCAGAAUGUCACCGGACCCUUUCUAUCCCUGAGAUGUACCAAGUUGUCGUUGGGCCAUUGUCAGUGGACUUUGGAGAGGUGUGCCUGAGGUCAUUUUGUACUCAGAGACUUGAGAUGAUCAAUCAUCUGUCUGCACAUGUUUGGGUCCAGUUUGAGGUGAACUGUCCCGAGCUCCAGGGCUCCUCUCCAGUUUCUUAUGUUCUUCCACCUCAUUCACAAGCAGCAUUAACCUUGACAUUUCAAAGCACUCAGCUGGGGGAGUUUUAUCAAACUGUUCCUUACACUGUGAACCAAAACCACCCUGGUCAGGUUCUGGUGCAAGCUCAGGUUGUCCCUGUUGCUUUGACGCUGUCCACUGAUGAACUGGUGGUUCAUCCCUCUUCGACUCUACUCGCUCGCUCUGGGUUUAGGAGUUGGGUGACUCUUAGAAACCUUAGGAACCAUCCUGCUGAAUUCUCAUGGAAACCUAUCAUCUCAGACAGAGGGAUUUGUUUUUCCAUCCGGCCAGCUACAGGGGUUGUUGAUCCAUAUAAAGAACUCGACUGUGAGGUGGUUUGGCACGCCUCUUUCUCCUCUUCAGUUGAAGGAGAUUUUGACCUGAUUGUCACUGAAGGGGAAAAACGGCGUUUACACUGUGAGGCCAAGGUUGGAUGUACUACCGUUCAUCUGGCACAAAAGACACGAGUGACAUUUGAUUCAGUCCCCCUAAAUGUGACCUCUGUCAGAACUGCUGUGCUGCUUAACACAGGAGCAAACCAUGCGUUCUUUCAGGUGCAAAAUGUUUGCCCUUUGCGAGGCAUGGUGGUGAGCCCAGCUGAAGGAAUGGUGGUGAGAGGAGGCCAAGCUAUACUCAGCAUCCACUUCAACCCAGAAUCUGUUAUUAAGUUUGACACAAGAUUCGAGGUAACUCUGAAAGGUAUGGAGUCUAUUGAAGUCAGAGUGGGUGGAUCAGUGGAACCACCAAAUGUAGAGAUUAGCAGAUUACACUUCCAACUUUUUGGGAUCUACCUUGGUUCUCAGAAAAGGGUACCCUUUACUUUGACAAAUCACUCGUCAGCUCCAGCCUAUGUUGCCUUUGACUUGUCGGAAUACAAAGAUUUUUCCGUCCAAACAACAGAUCUUUCAGCAGAUCCUGUAACUGUUGUUGAAAUGCAGGGUAAUCAAACUGCCAGCUGCUUCCUUGUAUUUUGUCCCACUCAGGUGGCCAGCUAUGACUUCGAGCUUCCUAUGACUGUCAAUGGAAUGAUUUUCUUCAGUGCCCUACAGUUAUCUCUUCCUCAUUCACCAUCUACUUUAUCCUCCUCAUGCACUUUGACAUCCGGCAAGAGCAAAACAAACAUCCACCCUGUCCCUCUGUUAGCUUCUGUAGUAUCAACUUCAAGAUACGUGGAGGCCACAGCAAUCCUUUCUCCAAUACAUAUUUCCCCUGACAAAUUAUGUUUUAGUUUGGCUUCUAUGUCUAAGACUUACACACAGGCGAUUGUUCUAAAAGCAGAAUCUGAUACAAGUUGGUUCAUUGACUGCCUUGCCGCUGGAAUGAGUAGAAUUAAUGGAGAAGAGCUGAUAUGCACUGCAUCUCCAUCUUUUGGAAAACUCAAGCUUGGACAGUCUAUCUGUGUGGAAGUCACAAUUAGAUCUGAUGGACUACCAAAAGUCCCUGGUGCAGUGAUCAAACUGACCCUUCCUCUUUACCUGGGAGACAAGCGACAGGAGAUCAAAGACUAUGAAGAACAAUACAGAGAGCUGUCCAUUAUUGUGCACCCUCUCCCCCACUUCACUGUGCACCCUCCGCAACUGCUGCUCACCCCAGUGCCGCUGGGGUGCUGUAUGACAGUAACACUCACUGUCAUAGCCACAGGAUACACAAGUGGAACUCACUUUUCAGCUGAUAUUGAUCAUGUUGGGCUGGACAGUGGUAGAAUUAAGCAGCCCCUCUCACUGACAUUUCCUCAGGGAACACAGAUUCCUCCACAGGAUCAAAACAGGAACUCAAUAGCAAUUGCAGAAAAAGAAGCUACCUAUAUAAUCUGCAACUUGACCUUUGCCUCAGACACUCCUCUAAGCUUAACUUCAAUCAUUACCUUCAGAGACCACUUCCAAAAUGGGUUUCCUGUCAAAGUAUGGGCUGUGGCUGAUAAUUGUCUAUUGACAGUUUGGCCUUACCUGGCAUUACACCACUCUGAACAACAAAUAGUACUCAAACCAGGUUCCACAGUUGUUGAGGCAGUACUUCAGAACUUUCACAUACCAAGUGUUGGUUCCUUUGCUUCAGCCUCAACAAUUGGUCUUUCUAGCUUGAUUAAAAAGAUAUCAAGCGCAGACACUUUACCUGAGAGUUUUGAUACCAGUGAUAACAGCAGCAGUGAAGAAGAGCCCUCAUUCAGUGGGACCCCAUCAAUGAGUGGUGUUCCUGAGUUCUAUACCUCCAACUCAGAGCUGGGUCUCUUUUACCAGAGUGUGCUAGUAGCUGUGGAAAGAUGGUUUAGUCUUUUUGGCCCGGCUAACGGAUCAUAUCCUAUAGAUGUUCCCCAUACCAUGAGAAGAAUUGAGUCAAAAGUUCUGACAAAUGAAAUAACUAAAAAGAAGAACAUACGAUCUAUCGUUGAUCUGCUUAUUCAUCUUACUGGGAAAGCGGUUCCUGGCCUUCCUCACAGCCUGUCCAUUUCAGAGGAUUUGAACCGGCGCACGUCUCAGCUCAUACAACUGUACAAAGCCAUAUUAGAAUUCCUAAGUAUCCAAGGAGCCUGUCUCACUUACAUCAGACCUGAAUACUUAUUGGACAAAAAUGAAUUUCUGCACUGGUGCUCACUUCAGAUGAAUGAUUCGACAAACAGUGUAGACUACAGCAGUAUUAACUAUGAGUCAAUGAGCAAACGUUCAUGGAUGGAUUUGCUGCUGCAGAUUUUCAAGGUGUUUAUAUUAUGCCGUGUGCCAUGCAAUUCAAGAGAUUCAAAUACAGAUAAAGUGGCACCCACCUGCCUGCAGCCGCAAGCCAGCAACAUCUACUCACCCUUUGAACUCGAGAUACUUUCUUGGCUUAACCUACAUUAUGAAAGCAUGAGGAAGACAGUGUGGACUGCUGAUUGCACUCCACCAGCUCGCUGGAUUGUAAAUUUUGAUUUGGAUUUUACCAAUGGGCUUGUGCUCGCAACUGUGCUUGCUGCCCACUGUCCUUACCUGAUUGGAAGUGAUUUUGGAAGAAUGUACACAAGGCCAAGUAGCAUGGAAGAGAUUCUUCAUAAUAACAUUAUAGUCGUGCAAGCAUUAACUACACUUUCCCUUAAUAUUGAUAUUUAUCCUACAGAUCUGUCAGAGCCAAACCCUGUGCAGAUUUUAAUGCUGUGUGUUCAUCUGAAUAAGAAGCUUCCUCAAUACCAGCCAAGACAAACCAUUACAUUUUUGGGAAAACUACACUGCACCAUUAGUAAACAGGUCCAUCUGACGAUACCAACAGCGAAACCUGUCAAAUAUAAAGUGCUACUAUUGGGUAAAGAUGCCCAUCUCUUCUCCUUACCUGGAGGGUCAUCAUUCACCUUUUCUCCAAAAAGUUGUAGUGAUCUGUACAUCCAGUACAGCUGUGCCUUCUUGCAGCCAAAGGAGGCUGCCCUUCUGCUUGUUGCCAGUUCAACAAUUACAGCUCAUGGCACCCUGGCUUUUUAUCUGAAGACUUGUGUAACACACUUAUCUCCCAUGAAAAUUGUCAAGUGCAGCUCUUCAGUCUACGAGCUCAAGUCAGUCCAGCUGAAUGUUUCUAAUACUUUCAAAUAUGAUGGCAACUUCAGGGUCAAACUUGUCGAUUUUUUACACAAUCCUCUGAAAUCUGAAAAGCUAAACCAGUAUCAACAAACUACCUGUCAAUCCUGUCCCCUUGUGGAUAAGCUGACAGAGGACAAAUUGACAGACCAUAAUGUUGAAGAAGACACUGAGUUCCUGUGCGCAGUGAAGAAUGUCUUUUUGAAUUCGGCUCAAGAAUGUACUCUGAACAUAGACUACUUGCCCUUCAGUCUUGGAAACAGAUAUUGUUGUGUGCUGCUUACAUGUCCACAGUCAGGAGACAUGUUUUACAUGAUUGAGGCCAGAGCGGAUUUGCCUCAACCUCUAAUACUCUCAGCAAAGUCAAGUGAACACCUUCAGCUGAGUUCUGAUACUUUUGUAUCAGUGUUACGUUUACAAUGUAGCGCGGGUGAGGUUUGUAGAGAAGUCAUCCGUUUGCCCAUAAUUAAUAUAGCAUGGGAACAAGCACUGGCUAUCUGGGGCCAGCGCAGAAUGAGUGCUGAUGAGCACAGAAGAAGGUCUCUGACACACACGUUGCACAGUAGUAGUGUGAGAAGAGCCACAGCGUUGCACAAACUUAGAAAUAAACAGGCUUUUCUACAGGAGCCUGAAAAGGGGAUAGUGUACAGUGUAGAGGUGUCUUCACCAAAAUACUUCACUAUACCAAAAAUAACCGUUACUAUCCCUGUAAAUGAUAGCCCCAAAAUUCCAUGGGAUAAUUUAGCAGACUGUAGGUGUGUUGAGAUCCCACUAUGCUUUCAAUCUGACUCAGUGGGAACAUUUACUUCAAAGAUAGUUCUUCAAUCCUGGUGUGACACCAGAGUGUACAUGUUGGAAGCCAUGGUUACUACACAGGAACAAUCUGCACAUUUGUUAUUCACCAUCCCGGCCCACCGAUCUGUCACACAAUAUAUACCACUUUGCAAUGAUGGUGAUCAGGACUUGAACAUGAAAGCCACUGUCAGUGGAAAUGGUUUUUCUGGCCCUGAAAUAAUCAACUUGGCACCAGGCACUGAAGCCUGUUAUCCCCUGACCUUUCAUCCAGACAGACAAGACAGUGUUAUGGGCAAGUUGAUUUUGCACAAUGAACGUAAUGGAACUGAGCAUGUGUUUACCCUGAGAGGAGUAGGAGAGCAGCCCCCUCCAGUGGACCACCUCGUGUUACACUGUCCUGUCGGAAGAAGCACAAAGGCACAUUUAAACGUUCCAAAUUACAGCAAGACCAAAUUACAACUGAAAGUCGUGACAGAUCUAUUCAUCAUAAGUGGCUCAAAUGAUAUGGAAAUCAAACCCGGGCAAUCUGCACCCUAUACAUUAAUUGUAACACCAACAAAACGAGGAAUUAAGAAAGGCUGUGUCUCAUUUGUGGAUAUGCUCAAGCAAGGCCAAGAAAGCUGUUAUGAAGUGCAUUUCACCCUAGAUAUUAUUUGUGAGGCAGCAGAGCCUUUGAAGCAUAUUCAUGUUCAAUGUCUUAUUCAGAAUAAUGUUGCCAUAGAGUUACCAAUCAAUAAUCCAUGUGACGACCAAUUAAACCUGGACGUUUACCUUGAAGGUGAUGGUCUCAGUGGUGACAAAUUCUUUUCAGUUCCUCCCCAAGAAUCUCUAAACUACAAAAUGAUCUAUUCCCCUUCUGAGAUUGGAAAAUGUAUGGGCAGUGUUGUUUUUCAGUCUGAAUUAGAUGAAUUAUGGUAUCAUCUAGAGCUCUAUGCACUGCCUCUCCCAGUUGUAGCGCUCCCUGAGAUCAAGUGUCCCCUGGGAAAAUGGUCAAAAAUAUCCCUCCCGCUAGUAAAUCCAACAGCUACACCAGUGGAGAUCGCCGUAAUGAAUAAUAACGACAGAAACUAUACGCUAGAGAUGGAUUCCAACAAUCUUACUCUGCAGCCCCACUCCUCCUCUCAGCUUGUUGUACGUUUCAGUCCUUCAUCUGUUGGGGAAAAAGACCAUAAAGCAGAGAUUACUUUCUCAUCCUGUCAUUUGGAGCCGUGGACGUUUUUACUUUGUGGAUGUGGCCUUAAUCCAGAAUCUGAGAAGCCAAAGAACAUUUCAGCCAAGAUAGGCUCAUGGGCCUCCACCAACAUUCCUUUUUCUAACCCCACUCAGCACCAGGCUUUGCUUCGUGUAACACUGACAGAUAGCCAUCCAAAAGAGAACCAAAUCUGCAGCAGUUGUUUUACAGUCCCCAUGAGCCACUUGAAAGGUAUGCAGGUUGAGCUGGAGCCUGCAUCAAUCUCAUCCUGUGAUGCCCAGAGUCAGAGGUCAACUCAAGAUUUGUCCACCAUCUGUUGGACCUACCCGCUCUGUGGGAUUCCCACUGAAGCCUCUGUUGAGAGCCAAUCGCUUGGCGUAAUGCAGUGUGAAGCAGGCUGCCAGCGAGAGAAGAUAGUUGAUGUACAGCUUGUUGGUUGUGCGUUGGAAAAACAACAAGUGACAAAUGAAUACUUUGCAUGUAAAGUACACUCGGAUUGUAAAGCGAUUCAAGUUGAAGAAAGUAUUUGUGCCACUGUUAAAACGGCAAGGAAAGAUCUCAUCUCUGGGGCCAUUAAACUCACUCUUCAUAUCCUCUUCAGUCCACUCAAGCAAAGCCUGUCACAGUACAAAGCAUCAGUUAUUGUGGAGUGUGUUUCUGGAGGCUCUUGGAGGUUUCCAAUCACUCUGAAUGCCACAAAACCACAACUUGAUGAUGUCAUUCACAUCAAAGCACCUGAAGUUGGAAAAACCUCAUCUGUGGGCUUCAGGCUCACAAGCACAUUUCGAAACCCAGAACCAUACACUGCAGUGUUUUUGCCAGGGAGCAGCAAUGAGUUCAAAGUGGCCUCUAGAUCAGGGAUGCUGCCGCCCAUCAACUCGACUGGUACGCUCAUCACAGUGUCCUUCACGCCGCGCUCAAACAGCAGGAGAAGCCGAGCGAGGCUUCAAAUCAAGGCUGCAGCCAAGCUCUGGACCUAUGAGCGCGCCACAGUGGAGUCUCCAGUGCGCCUCAGCAGCGGUGCCAAAGGCGCAGGGACUGUGCGGCUCUACGCAGCAGAUGCAGCCGCAGUAGAACCACCGUCUCCGCCCUGA